AUGAAGGACUGCGAGUACCGGCAGAUCCCGCCCGGGGUAGCGGUGCCGGCGGCAGCGGGUACAGUCGUUUCGCCCCCUCCGCCACCCGCCGGCCCGGAGAGGCCCGGUGCGGCCCGGCGGCCCCGGCGGAAGUGGGAGGUGUUCCCGGGCCGCAACCGCUUCUACUGCGGCGGCCGCCUCAUGCUGGCGCGGCACAGCGGCGUCUUCGCCCUCACCCUCGGCCUCAUCCUGGCCACCAGCGGCCUCUUCUUCGCCUUCGACUGCCCCUUCCUUGCCAGUCACCUCACCUUGGCCAUCCCCAUCAUUGCAGCCGUCCUCUUCUUCUUUGUCAUCAGCUGCCUGCUCCAGACAAGCUUCAGAGACCCAGGUAUCCUGCCCAGAGCCACCCCAAGUGAGGCCGCAGACCUGGAAAAGCGGAUCGACAGCAUGGGUACCUCUACCUAUCGCCCGCCGGCCCGCACGAUGGAAGUGGUCAUAAACAAGUACGUGGUGAAACUCAAGUACUGCUACACCUGCAAAAUGUUCCGUCCUCCACGCACCUCUCACUGCAGUGUCUGCGACAACUGUGUCGAGAGGUUUGAUCACCACUGCCCCUGGGUGGGCAACUGCGUGGGGAAGCGCAACUAUCGCUACUUCUAUGCCUUCAUCCUCUCCCUCUCCUUCCUGACAGCCUUCAUCUUCGCUUGCGUCGUCACCCACCUCACUCUGCGCUCUCAGAGAGAUGGAUUCCUCACCACUCUGAAGACGACACCUGCAAGUGUGCUGGAGCUGGUGAUUUGUUUUUUCUCAGUCUGGUCUAUUUUGGGCCUCUCAGGUUUUCACACUUAUUUAGUCGCCUCCAACCUGACGACGAACGAAGAUAUCAAAGGGUCCUGGUCAAAUAAGAGGGGCUCAGAGUUUGCCAAUCCCUACAGCCAUAAAAGUAUCCUCACAAACUGCUGUGCGGUGCUGUGUGGACCAUUCCAUCCCAGUUUGAUAGACAGAAGAGGAUUUAUCCAGCCAGAUGCCGGGACCCCGUCCAGUCCUAAGAGCGAAAUCCCUUCCUUUGGAGCCAAAACUGACACCAGCAUGGUAGGAGGCAUUCCCUAGCAGUGCUGUGAUGUAGCCCAGUGCCUGCUGUGCCUGCACCGUGCUCCAGCCAGUACCUUCCCCUCUUACCAUCUCCCCAGCCUCAGGCGGGACAGCCCUGUGAUGCAGAGCUGCCAAAGACUCAGUCGAGCCAUACCUUGCCUUUUUUUUUAAAUCUAUUUAUUAUUUUUUGUUUAUUUGUUUCACUGUGAUGUGGCCUAUCUGGACUUUGGACUGAUAGACCCCAACAGCAUGCAAGACCCUCAGACUGGUGCAGAAAGCAGGGGGUCCCUGCUGCACCUGGGAAGCAAACAGGUCUGGGGAGCCACCAGACCUCUGAGCCCCGAGUGUCGGCUCCAGGGGGUCACCAUGUUUCCUGCCGGGAGUAAUGAGAUGGGCCAA